CGACAGGGUGACCCUUGACUUUCACAGCAUCGUCAAGUCAUCCUUCAUUAUACCCCACCAUGGCGGAGGAUCAGGAGAAAGUCUCCUACACCCUCGGGGUUCCCGAAGGCAAGGAAGAUACCGACAGCACCGCUACCGUCCUCGAUGAAGAUCCCACCGUCACCCCUCGCAACCCCGGUGCCAGUCGUGCCGAUGGCUGGGCCUUGAUGUCCCAGGUCAAGCAGCAGAACGAGCGGGACAUGCAAUCCGGCUUCAAACGCAAGGAACUUGGUGUCACCUGGAAGGACCUUUCCGUCGAAGUCGUCAGCGCCGAGGCCGCCGUCAACGAGAAUUUCCUGUCCCAGUUCAACAUCCCUCAGCACAUCAAGGAGUCCAAGAACAAGCCGCCGUUGCGUUCCAUCCUCUCCAACAGCCAUGGCUGUGUCAAACCCGGAGAGAUGCUUUUGGUUUUGGGUCGGCCUGGCUCCGGUUGCACCACCCUUUUGAAGAUGCUGUCCAAUCGACGCCUCGGUUACAAGUCGAUUGAAGGUGACGUUCACUAUGGAUCCUUGACAUCGGAUGAGGCAGCCCAGUACCGCGGCCAGAUUGUCAUGAACACCGAGGAGGAAAUCUUCUUCCCCACCUUGACCGUGGGCCAGACUAUGGAUUUUGCGACUCGUCUCAAGAUUCCCUUCAACCUGCCCAACGGCGUCGAGUCCCCCGAAGCCUAUCGCCAGGAAGCCAAGAAAUUCCUUCUCGAAUCCAUGGGCAUCUCGCAUACGAACGAUACCAAAGUGGGCAAUGAAUACGUGCGUGGUGUCUCGGGUGGUGAGCGUAAGCGUGUCUCCAUUAUCGAGUGUCUUGCGACUCGUGGUUCCGUUUUCUGCUGGGAUAACAGCACGCGUGGUUUGGAUGCCAGCACGGCCCUCGAAUGGACCAAGGCUGUUCGUGCCAUGACGGAUGUGUUGGGUCUGUCUUCCAUUGUAACCCUUUACCAGGCCGGAAACGGUAUCUACGACCUGUUCGACAAGGUGCUCGUGUUGGAUGAAGGCAAGGAGAUCUACUAUGGCCCCAUGACCCAGGCGCGUCCCUUCAUGGAGGAUCUGGGCUUUGCUUGCCGCGAGGGUUCCAACGUCGCCGACUACCUUACCGGUGUCACGGUCCCCACCGAACGCAUUAUCAGACCAGGCUACGAGAAUCGCUUCCCUAGAAACGCGGACAUGAUUCUCGCUGAAUACCAAAAGUCGCCUAUUUAUACGCAGAUGAUCUCCGAAUACGACUACCCCGACACUGACCUGGCCCGCCAGCGCACUGCCGAAUUCAAGGAAUCCGUCGCCCAAGAGAAGAACAAGAAACUUUCCAAGACAAGUCCCUUGACGGUUGACUUCAUCGACCAGGUCAAGACCUGCAUUAUCCGCCAGUAUCAAAUCAUCUGGGGUGACAAAGCCACAUUUUUCAUCAAGCAGAUCUCUACCUUGGUUCAGGCGUUGAUUGCUGGUUCACUGUUCUACAAUGCCCCUAAUAACUCGGGUGGUUUGUUUGUCAAGUCCGGUGCUCUGUUCUUCUCCCUGCUCUAUAACAGUCUUCUGGCCAUGUCCGAAGUCACCGACUCAUUCAGCGGUCGCCCGAUUCUGGUCAAACACAAAGGCUUCGCGUACUACCACCCCGCCGCCUUUUGUAUCGCUCAGAUUACUGCCGACAUUCCGGUUCUCUUGUUCCAAAUCAGCGUGUUCUCCAUCGUGGUUUACUUCAUGGUUGGCCUCACCAUGUCCGCCAGCGCGUUCUUUACCUACUGGAUCCUUGUCUUCACUGCAACUAUGGCCAUGACAGCGCUGUUCCGCGCGGUCGGCGCGCUUUUCAGCACGUUCGAUGGCGCCUCCAAGGUCUCUGGUUUCCUCAUCUCGGCUCUGAUCAUGUACACCGGUUACAUGAUCAAGAAGCCCCAGAUGCACCCUUGGUUCGGCUGGAUUUACUGGAUCAACCCCAUGGCUUACGGUUUCGAUGCGCUGCUCUCCAACGAAUUCCACGGAAAGAUCAUUCCUUGUGUGGGAACCAACCUCAUUCCCAGUGGAGAGGGCUACGGUGGAGACGGGCACCAAUCAUGCGCCGGUGUUGGUGGUGCCAUCCCCGGAAGCACCUAUGUCACUGGUGAUCAAUACCUGGCUUCCCUAUCCUACAGCCAUACCCAUGUCUGGCGCAACUUCGGUAUCCUCUGGGCUUGGUGGGCGCUCUUUGCUGCCGCCACCAUCAUCGCGACGUCCCGCUGGAAGUCUCCCGGUGAGAGCGGUUCCUCCCUUCUCAUCCCGCGCGAAAGGGUCGAUGCCCAUCGCCAGGUUGCCCGCCCCGACGAGGAAUCCCAGGUCGACGAGAAAGCCAAGAAGCCCCAUGGUGACAAUUGCCAGAGUGAAAGUGACCUUGACAAGCAGCUGGUUCGAAACACCUCUGUUUUCACCUGGAAGGAUCUCACCUACACGGUCAAGACCCCUAGUGGCGAUCGCGUGCUCCUCGACAAGGUAUACGGAUGGGUGAAGCCUGGCAUGCUGGGUGCCCUGAUGGGUUCCUCUGGUGCGGGUAAAACUACUCUCCUGGACGUGUUGGCUCAGCGUAAGACUGAAGGUACCAUUCAUGGCUCCGUCCUCGUUGACGGUCGUCCUCUGCCUGUUUCCUUCCAGCGCUCUGCCGGUUACUGUGAGCAACUUGAUGUCCACGAGCCUUUUGCCACUGUCCGUGAGGCCUUGGAAUUCUCCGCCCUGCUCCGCCAGCCUCGCCAUGUGCCUGCUGAGGAGAAGCUCAAGUAUGUUGAUACCAUCAUUGAACUUCUUGAACUGCAUGAUAUCGCCGAUACCCUUAUUGGUCGCGUCGGAAACGGACUGAGCGUUGAACAACGCAAGCGUGUCACUAUCGGUGUCGAGUUGGUCUCGAAGCCCAGCAUUCUCAUCUUCCUGGACGAACCCACCUCCGGUCUUGAUGGCCAGUCUGCUUACAACACUGUCCGUUUCCUGCGCAAGCUCGCCGACGUCGGCCAAGCUGUGCUCGUCACCAUCCACCAGCCCUCUGCGCAACUCUUUGCUGAAUUCGACACCCUACUCCUCCUCGCCAAGGGUGGAAAGAUGGUCUACUUCGGUGACAUUGGUGACAACGGCCAAACUGUCAAGGACUACUUUGCUCGCUACGGCGCCCCCUGUCCCGCAGAAACCAACCCGGCCGAGCAUAUGAUCGACGUGGUCUCCGGCGCGCUCUCCCAAGGUCGCGACUGGCAUCAAGUCUGGAAGGAUUCUCCCGAGCACACCAACUCCCUCAAGGAACUCGACUCCAUUGUUGACGACGCCGCCUCCAAGCCCCCUGGUACCGUCGACGACGGCAACGAAUUCGCCAUGCCCCUCUGGCAGCAAACCCUCAUUGUGACCAAGCGCUCCUGCGUCGCAGUCUACCGUAACACCGACUACGUGAACAACAAGCUGGCCCUCCACGUCGGCUCGGCCCUCUUCAACGGCUUUUCCUUCUGGAUGAUUGGCAACCACGUCGGCGCUCUCCAACUCCGUCUCUUCACCAUCUUCAACUUUAUCUUCGUCGCCCCUGGUGUUAUCAACCAACUGCAGCCCCUUUUCCUGGAACGCCGCGACAUCUAUGACGCUCGUGAAAAGAAAUCUAAAAUGUACUCCUGGAUUGCCUUCGUGACUGGCCUUAUCGUCUCCGAACUCCCCUACCUCUGCAUCUGCGCCGUCCUCUACUUCGCCUGCUGGUACUACACCGUCGGCUUCCCCUCGGAUAGCAACAAAUCCGGCGCUGUCUUCUUCGUCAUGCUGAUGUACGAGUUCGUCUACACGGGUAUCGGUCAAUUCGUCUCCGCGUACGCCCCCAACGCCAUCUUCGCCUCGCUCAUCAACCCGGUCAUCAUCGGAACCCUUGCCUCUUUCUGCGGUGUCCUAGUCCCCUACACCCAGAUUCAAGAAUUCUGGCGCUACUGGAUUUACUACCUCGACCCCUUCAACUACCUCAUGGGCAGUCUCCUGGUCUUCACCACCUUCGACACACCCGUCCGCUGCAAGGAGUCCGAAUUUGCCAUCUUCGAUCCUCCCAACGGCUCGACGUGCGCCCAGUACCUCCAGGAUUACAUGAUGGGCGCCGGCGCGCGCAUGAACCUCAUCAACCCGGACGCCACGGCUGACUGCCACGUCUGCGAGUACACGCGCGGAAGCGAUUACCUGUAUACCAUCAACCUGAAGGAUUACUACUACGGGUGGAGAGAUGCUGCGAUCGUCGCUUUGUUCGCGAUUAGCUCAUAUGCCUUGGUGUAUGUGCUGAUGAAGUUGAGGACCAAGGCGUCGAAGCAUGCUGAGUAGAGAGUUUUUUUCUCGCCUCGCUUUCCCCUAUUGGCAUUCGGUCAGUCCAAGGAUGGCUGGCCGACUAUUAUAGACGUACAUAUGCAUACAUAC